AUGGCUGUUGAGUCCCUAGAACGAUCUGCAGUUCUUUUCUGUCUCUUGGCAGCUGGUUUUACCUUUGCUGGCAUAUUCAAUGUCUCAGAAAAAUAUGCUUCUAACACUGAGGAUAUAGAGAAAGCUGAACUGCAACAGCACACAAAAGACUCCAAGCAAAGGAAAGGCAUGUCAGAAAACUGUCAUCCCAAUCUGUACUUUGACCAUGUUGAAAUGCGAUUGUUGAAAAAGGCAUCUAUCACCACUCACAGCCACAUUUUCAAAGUGAUCCGAAAUGCUGUUGUCACCAUGCUGUCCAAUCAAGUGUUUUAUCUGCCACCAGAGAGCCAUGAGGAUUUUGGCAGAAAGUGGAAUGAGAUUUAUGGCAACAAUCUUCCCCCUCUUGCUCUCUAUUGUCUCUUAUGCCCCGAGGACACCAUUGCCUCUCAGUUCUUUGUGAAGUACAUGGAUCGAAUGGCUGAGUAUCCUGAUUGGAUGGUGACCAGUGCCCCAAACGACGAGGUGCCCAUGGCCCAUUCUCUCACAGGGUUCGCCACAGCGUAUGACUUCGUUUACACCUACCUGGACACAGAGCGCAGGAUACGGUACCUGAGGAAAAUCCGCUCUGUGACGGAGGAGCUGUAUGAGCUGUCCAAACACCGAGGAUGGGGAAAGCAAUUCCUCCAGAACCACCAAGCCACCAACAUCCUUGCCAUCCUAACAGGAGCUAUUGUGGUAGGGGAGCAUGAUGACCCUGAAACUAUGAUGUGGAAACAGGUGGCAGUAAACUACAUGGAGAAGACCAUGUUCCUCCUUAGCCACGUUGUGGAUGGGUCGCUAGAUGAAGGGGUGGCAUACGGUAGCUACACUGCCAAGUCCAUCACUCAGUAUGUUUUUCUUGCACAACGUCACUUUAACAUUGACAACACACAAAACAACUGGCUGAAAGCUCACUUCAUGUUUUACUACGCCACCCUACUCCCAGGGUUCCAGAGAACGGUCGGAAUUGCAGACUCCAACUAUAACUGGUUCUAUGGACCGGAGAGUCAACUGGUAUUCCUUGAUGCAUUUGUGCUCCAUAACGGCUGGGGUAACUGGUUGGCUCAGCAGGUCCGAAAACACAGGCCCAGAGAUGGACCCAUGGUACAGUCAGCAGCACAGCGCUGGGCCACAUUGCACACAGAGUUCAUCUGGUUCGCCCCUCAGUUUACCCCCCGACCUCCGCCUGAGUUUGGAAAAGCACAGGUGCACAUAUUCACAAACUGGGGUGUAGUGACAUUUGGGGCUGGGUUGCCAUAUGCACAAGACAACACCUUCGUCUCCUUUAAAUCUGGUAAAUUAGGCGGCAGGGCCGUCUAUGAUAUCGUUCAUGCAAAACCUUACUCCUGGGUGGAGGGCUGGAGUAAUUUUAACCCAGGGCAUGAACAUCCUGAUCAGAACUCAUUCACUUUUGCCCCUAAUGGGCAGGUUUUUGUCUCAGAGGCCCUGUAUGGACCUAAACACAGCUACCUAAACAACGUGCUAGUAUUUUCUCCCUCUCCCACCAGCCAGUGCAAUGAACCGUGGGAGGGGCAAUUAGGAGAGUGUGGCAAAUGGUUACGAUGGGGAGAGAAGGAGGCCGGAGACACUGAUGGUGAGAUCAUCACUGCCUCCUCAUAUCAACACAUGCUGUUUGUUAGUGGGGAGUCAGUCGCAGCCUAUUCCUCCGCAAUCAAGCUUAAGAGUGUGUACAGGGCUCUGACUCUGCUCAAUUCUCAGACUUUACUUGUGUUAGACCAUGUGGAGAAACAGGAAGGCUCACCGGUGAAUACACUUAGUGCCUUCUUCCACAACCUUGACAUUGAUUUCAGAUAUGUGCCUUAUAGGUCUCUGCAUAAGUACAACGGGGCACUGAUGGAUGUAUGGGAUGCUCAUUAUAAAAUGUUUUGGCUGGACAGCCAGGGAGCUAGUCCAGUUGCCAGGAUACAAGAGACAGAGCAAGCAGCCGAGUUCAAAAAGAGGUGGACUCAGUACGUUAAUGUGACAUUCCCCAUGGAGACCAAAGUCACCAGAGUGGCCUACAUAAUGCACGGCCCUUAUGUCAAAGUGUCUGACUGUAGAUUCAUUGACAACAGCAAAAAUGGAGUAAGACUAUCUAUAACUCUUAAUGACACAGAAACCAUCGUAUCAAUUGCAACAAAUUAUAAAGACAUAAAGGCUAGACACAGCUUCCUUGGCUUUGCAGGAUUUGCUAAAGUGGAGGACAAACAUCGGAUUAUUCAUUUCGGUUUGGGAAUUCAAAAUGUGCCAGAUCAAAACACAAAAGAUUCAGAGUUAGACUUUGCAAUUGCCAUUAAUAUUACAGCAGGGUUUACACUGUGUCUGGCUGUUGCAGUUUUGACCAUGAAAAGAAAAUUUAGUAUUUCCAUUAAAAACUUCAUUUAUUGCACUCUAGUGUCUGUGCUCUUGCUCUGGGGACUUGAGCUUUUGUUUGUUUCCCGUAGCUGUGAGCAGGCUGUAUGUAGUAUUCAGUUGACAAGUAGGUCUGUCUCAAGUGAAGUCAGCAAAACAUCCAUAUACUUUGAUCUAAGCCAUAACCCUUUGCCAGUUAUUAUCAUCAUCUCCAUGCCUGGAUCGGGAGUAGAGAUCCUAGAGCACCUUUUCUACAACACCUCUGACUUUGUCUACCUCAGAGUACCCACAACACAUCUGCAAUUCCCGGACACUGAAUUUUACUUAGACCCUUUGGUGGAUGCUUGUGAGUGGUCGAGAGUAGAUGCACGCAGAGGAAUGUUCAAAGCCAUACAGGGGUGGUUUCAUUCCAUUGCACACAACGUUAAACUUCACCUUCAGAACAUCCAUUUAUAUAAGAACGGUAUCGAAACAGCAGGAGAUGCUUUCGAUGAAAAGGAGAAAGGGAUAAAAAGAAGAAAGCCACUAGCAAAGCAGAGACAGACAAGAAGAAGAAGAAAAAGAGUGAGGGAAGAGAGGCAUGGAGGAUACAUCAGAGAGGUACAGCAACAUUUGAGGACAUACCCUAAUGCCUGCCCCGUGCUAAACUUGGCCAGCGGAAGCUGGGCUUUUAAACUACCCUUUAUUCAUGAAGUCAUCGGUCUCUCGUUUCGUUCCAUACAUGUAGUUAGAGACCCGCGUUCCUGGAUUUACCUAAUGCUGUACAAUAGCAAGCCGAGUCUGUACUCUCGUAAAAACGUUCUAAAGCACGUGUCAGAGAUAUUUAAGCGUGGAAGGGAUAGUAACAAGCAGGGAUGCACAAGGCUGGGACCAGAGUUCCAACGCCUGCAGGCUAUCCUCGCCCAGACCGAGCCUGACCCUGUGUUGCUUUUGGCUCAUCUCUGGUCGGCUUACAACUCCGCUGCACUCAGAGUGAACAGUGACCUUCCCACGCAAACCUACCUCACUGUCAAGUUUGAGGACAUUGUAGAGUUUCCCAUGGAGACAGCAGGAAAGAUACAGCAUUUUCUCAGAGUGCCCUUUACACCUGGAGCCUUAAACCAACUCAUGUUUGCCACAUCCACAAAUCUGUACAAUCUCAUGUAUGAAGGGGAAAUAUCACCUCAUAAAAUCAACAUAUGGAAAGAAAACAUGCCACCUAAUGUUGUCAAACUUAUACAAGACACGUGUAUGUCUGUUAUGGAGAAACUUGGCUAUGAAAGUUAA